AAGGGCAACAACAGCUCCAGCUGACCUGACCCUCUGUCACCUCCAAGUCCCUCUCCAAUUCCAACAGCCAAAAUGUCGACGAUGCCAGCGCAGUAUGGCCACAACGAGGCCUGCUGCAACAUUCCCCCGGUUCUUUCCAACGGCUAUAAUGGCCAGGGCUCCUACGAAGAGGUUGGCGGCCUUAAGAGCUAUGUGACUGGCCCAGCCGACGCCAAAAAGGGCAUCCUAGCUAUCUACGACAUCUUCGGCUACUUCCCCCAGUCUAUCCAGGGCGCUGACAUCCUCGCCACCAACCACAAACAGCAGUACCGCGUCCUUAUCCCCGACUGGUUCGAGGGCAGCCCCUGUCCUAUUGACUGGUAUCCUCCCAACACCCCCGAGAAGCAAGAAAACCUCGGCGCCUUCUUCCAGAAGAAUCCCCCGACAAAGGUCGCCGGCCAGGUACCAGAAUUGCUCAAGGCCGCCAAGGCCAAGUACCCUGAAAUCAUCGACUGGGCCAUUAUUGGCUACUGCUGGGGCGGUAAGGUCGUUUCCCUCGUCACCAAGGCCGAUAGCACCAUCUUCAAGGCCGGCGCUGAGUGCCACCCCGCUAUGGUCGACCCUCAGGACGCCGAGGGCAUUAGGACGCCCCUUAUCCUGCUGGCGUCCAAGGAGGAGGCCGACGACGCGGUCAAGCAGUUCGAGGCGAACCUUCAGGGCCCCAAACACGUCGAGACGUUCAAGGACCAGAUCCACGGCUGGAUGGCCGCUCGUGCCGACCUCGACGAUCCACGCGUCAAGGAGGAGUACGUUAGGGGCUAUAAGACCGUCCUCAGUUUUUUUGCCAAGCACGUAUAG